AUGUCGAAGCGAACGCUCGCCGAGCAGCCCUCGGCCCCGGAGCCCGAGCGCCGCCGCGUCGAUGGCGCCCAGCCCAUGAAGGAAGAGGAGGGCAUGGGCGAAUUCGAGGACCCCUUUGAAGACGAGAUUGAGAGUGACGGUGAAAUCGUACACCACGAGGAUGACGACAUGGACGAGGAGGACGACGAGCCCGAGACACAGACCAAGCCGUUCAUGCCGGGCACCAUGCAGCUGGAGGAGGGACAGACGCUCGUUCCCGAUCAGUCAGCGUACCACAUGCUGCACCGCAUGAACGUGACGUGGCCGUGCUUGUCGUUCGACUUUCUCCGGGAUCAUCUCGGCUCGCAGCGGCAAAGCAUGCCGCACACCGCCUACGUUGUGGCUGGUACACAGGCGGAUACGGCGAAGAACAACGAAGUGCUUGUCAUCAAGGCAAGCUCGAUGCACCGCACACAGCACGAUGAUGCUGCCUCCGAUGACGAUGAUCAGGACGACGACGUCGACGAAGACGCCGUCCUGGAAUACAAGACCAUUCCGCACCUAGGCGGCGUCAACCGCGUGCGCGCUGCCCCGACGACGACGCCCACGUCGGACCUGGAGCCGUGCCUGGAUGCAUACCCCGUCGCGACGUGGUCCGAGACGGGCAAGGUGCACAUUUGGGACGUGCGCCCUCUCUUCAAUGCUCUCAACGUGCCUGGCACGACGAUCGACAAGAAGAAGAUCGAGACGCCUCUCUUCACUGUGAAUACACACCGCACGGAAGGAUUCGCGAUGGACUGGGGCGGCCUGCUGGGCGGUGGAGCGUCGGGUCAUGCGGGCCACUUGCGUCUCUUGACCGGUGACAUGCACAGCAAGAUCUUCCUUACCACUAGUAACAAUACGGGCUUUACGACGCACGCCACGCCGUUCGAGAGCCACACGUCCUCCGUCGAAGACUUGCAGUGGAGUCCGACGGAGCCGACGGUCUUUGCGUCGUGCUCGGCGGACCGCAGUAUCCGCAUUUGGGACGUGCGGAUCAAGUCGCACCGAUCCGCUCUUACGGUCGACGCCGCGCACGAGCAAGACGUGAAUGUCAUUAGCUGGAACCGCGGCACACAGUUCCUGCUCCUCUCCGGCGGCGAUGACGGCGCCCUGAACGUAUGGGAUAUGAGGUCGUUCAAGCCGAACCAGACCCCGAGUCCCGUGGCGCACUUUGACUGGCAUCGCGCGCCGAUCAGCAGCGUAGAGUGGCAUCCCGAGGAAGACAGCAUCUUUGCCGCCUCGGGCCGCGACGACCAAGUCACGCUGUGGGACUUGGGCGUCGAGCGCGACGACGAAGAAGAUCCCGCGCAGCUGCCCAAGGGACCGAAUGGCCAACCGGUGCCGAGCCAGCUGCUUUUCUGCCACCACGGUGCGUCGGAUAUCAAGGAGGUGCACUGGCACCCCCAGAUCCCUGGUAUGCUCGGCUCGACGUCGUCGGAUGGCUUCCACUUUUUCAAGACGAUCUCGGUCUAA